UGGGCAAUCGAAGACUCCAAAUAAAGAAGCCACCUAAUUGAAAUGCGUCACGGGCAGCGAAAAGAGAUAGGGGGGCAGAUAGGGGGGAUGGCGACGGUGGUUGCCGUACACGUAUUCCGAAUUCCUUUUGGGGUUUCGCCUUCAUCUUCGUACUCUGCUCAAACCGUCACUGUAUACUUCCGCCGGCAUUGCAAUCUGCAUUCUAAGCCGGCUGUCGGCAUCCCAUCCCUUGGUCUUCUCCGCGGCCGAAAGCCUCAAGGGCUCUCCUUCGCUGGGGAUGAAGACACCGAGUUGCAGGUUUCCACCUCCAAAGACGAAGAUGACCUCCAAGAGGAUCCCACUCCCGAGGACCUCGAAUACGUCAGCCAGAUCAGAAGAGUGUUGGAGCUUCUCAGGAAAAACAGGAAUAUGCUCUUCGGCGAGCCCUUGUCUUCAAACAACGGACAACAGCAACUGCUACUACUACUGGGCCUUAACUCCCACCAGGUUAAGUUGACCAUAAUGAUUGAGGAUCCAAGAGAAGAUGAACGUAGAAGCUUACUUGGUAUUGCAGAUUCUGAUGUUCCUACAAGGGAUGAUUUGGCUGCUGCACUAGAAGAAGUCAAUGAAGGACGAGUCCCUAAAAAUCGCGAAGCUCUUCGGAUGUUGGCGGAAGAGAUGAUGCAAUGGCCUAGUGUGGAGGUUGAAGCACCGAAGAAAAAGCGUAGCAGAUCCCUAUAUGCAAAAGCCACAGACACUGGUGUUGAUCCGCAAGUGGCUGCUAAGAGGCUUAAUAUAGAUUGGGAUUCAGCUGCUGAGAUUGAUGAUGACGUCAGUGAUGAGCCAGAAGUGCCCGCGGCUGUGGGAUAUGGGGUUCUGUACUUAGUCACAGCAUUUCCAAUCGUCAUUGGUAUAGCUGUUGUGCUGAUCCUAUUUUACAAUUCUCUCAGGUAGAAAUUGUCUCAAAUGUAAAAUCAUUGUACCUUGUAACUGCUAUGGAUGAAGCGGCCAAUGUUUUCGCUCUACCAGUUUUGUAUGAUGCUAUCAUUGAAUAAAUAGAUGUCUUUAUUGAAUAGAUAGAGCUCUGCUGCUGUGUGAAGUAUUUUGUUUUAUGUAUUAUUUUUAAAAUUAACUAUAUGGAAAAAUGUUAAAUGUCA